UACACGUUGAGUCCAGAAACCCACGGGAGAUGACACGAAAUGACCGAAUUAUUCACCUGAAAAGACGCAGAAUAUCACUUAUAAAAAUAGGAGACGAUAUCUGAGGACCGUAGAAAUAUAUUUGCAGACGUAAAGAGCGCGGACAAAGGCCAUUUUUUCGUAAAACCGAGACCGGAAGAAUGGCUACCAGUGAGUCAUCUCUCCAGGCCUUGGAAGGAUUGAUGAAUGAAUUCUUCUCACCUUCGACCGGUAACCAACGGAAGCGAGAAAUAGAGGAGCUACUGAAUAAUUUCAGCGCUCAGAGCGGAUCAUGGAGACAUUGCUUCUACUUCCUGGCACACACUCGUAAUGAGUACGUCAUGAUGUACGCUCUCAGCAUCUUUGAGAACCUGGUGAACAGACAGUGGUUGGGCGUCGACCCUCAGGACAAAGUGGAGAUCCGCACCAGUCUCUCCAAGUUCCUCCUCACCCAUCACAAGCUGGUGCCGGGGUUCAUUUGCAACAAGCUCAUCAAAGUCAUUGUGUGUAUCGGGAGACUAGACUGGCCUCACUUCUACCCAGACUUUUUUACAAACAUAAUCCAGUUGAUUCAUCAGCCCCAGAUGGCAGCUCUUGGCCUGAGGAUGUUGCAGACAACAUCGGAGGAACUGGCCUCUCCAAGAGAAGACCUGAGUGUCGCUAGGAAAGAGCAGCUUCAUAGAUUACUCCUCGAUCAGAUACCCACCAUACUUAGUAUAGUUACUCAUAUUCUUGAGACGAUAUUGGACAAGCACAGACAGCUAGUGACAACUGCCACACCUCCACCGUCCCCUACCCAUGGGGAGUCCAACGACGGUAGCCCAAGCCACAUUGCAUACGGGUCUUCACCACUACAGUCAGGAAGUAGUAUCAUCAGAAGUAUGUUCAAAACUGCUCCCAUCAGUAAACAGAACAUUCUGCCGCUGCCGCCUCUUGACCAAGAGAGCGAGCAGGUCAGCCUUCUUUGUCUCAACUGCCUCGCCCACCUCUUCUCCUGGAUCCCGCUCUCCGGCAACAUCACCCCGAACCUCCUCUCCACCAUCUUCCACUUUGCCAACUUCGGCUGCGACAUCCAGUCCAUCCAGGGGAGCUCCCUGUCGCCGCAGAAGGACUCUAACAGCUUCAGCACCAGUGGGAGUUCCUCGCUGGGCGUCCUGGCAAUGGGAUGCAUCAACGAGAUCAUGGCCAAGAACUGUGUGCCUGUGGACUUUGAGGAGUACCUGCUCAAGAUGUUCCAACAGGCCUUCCAGCUCCUGCAGAGGAUCACCAAGGACACGACGGAACAGUCUGUUGGGAACAAGAUGGCGGAAUUAGAUGAGCAAUAUGUUGAAAAAUUUACAGAGUUUCUACAGCUUUUUGUCAGUAUUCAUUUGCGGAGGUUUGAGGCCAACUCCAAUUUCCCUGUUCUAGAGUUCCUGACAUUAUUGUUCAAGUACACAUUCCAACAGCCAUCUCAUGAAGGGUACUUUAACUGCCUUGACAUCUGGGCUAUCUUCAUAGAUUACCUCCUAGACAAGUCUAACACGGCAAGAUGUCCUAAUUCAAACAGUAUUGUAGACAGAUACAAAGAUGCGCUAGUAUCACUCAUUACGGAGAUUCUACACAAGUUUCAGUUCCGUUGCAAUCAGUCACAGCUGGAAGAGAUUGACGAUGAAGUACUAACAGACGACUCAGAGACGGAGUGGCACAGUUUCUUAAGACAAUGUCUUGAGAUCAUUGCCAAGGUGGCUGAGUUACUACCCACUGAGGCAUUCAGAGUGCUGUAUCCACCAUUCCAGGAAUAUUUGGAUAUCUACAUGGGGUUGGGCCAGUUUGUUGCCGAGACAUCAGAGGGUCGUAGGUUAAACAUCACAGCUGAGCAUGAGUGUCGGAGACUACACUGCACACUAAGGGAUCUGUGUUCAUUAUUUCAGGCAUUAGGGAGACUAGCCGAUCACUUCAUAGCUGAGAGACUAUCAGAGAGAUUUGAUGAUGCGCUGUCCCUCAUUGACAAGUUUUGUCAGGUUACUGUUUAUGGCAGUAAGAUGAAGCUGUACAAAGUGAAGACAGCUAUACCCACAGUACUCAAGUCAGACUUCAUAGAUGUCCAUGCGCAGUCCUUGGCUGCGUUGCAAGCCUUUACGCACUGGGUGUCACAGUUCUACAGCGAGGUCCAACGCAACGGGAGACAUCAGGACAAGUUUGUACCGCUCAUCACCAGUAUAGUGGAUGCUGUUACACCGUUACUGGCUAAACAGGUUCCGGAGAAAGUGCUGAUAUCCGCCGCCCAUUUAUUCUUAUCCUUGGCUACAACAGUCAGACCAACAUUUCUUAUCGAGCUCUCAUCGAUACAGGGCUUGUUUAAAGACGUCAGUGGUGGAUCUCUAUCCGGACUACAGGAAGAGGUCCAGCUUCUAGUCUGCCGGGCGUUGUCCCACAUCCUCAUCUUACCUUGGCCCAACAUUCCAGAAUCGGAGCAGCAGUGGGCCCUACGGUCUGAGCACCAUGCCGAGUUUGUCCAGAGGUUGACCAAGGAGUUCAAGUCGCUCAAAGGAAUGUCUCACCUAGCUAAGGAUAAGAGCCUACAAGAAAGAGCCAAACCGACCAUCAGAAGAACAUUGCAGCUGUUAUCAGACCAAGUGGAGUCCAUAGCGGGGGAGGUGUCUAAGACCAAACAAGUUUGUCAUCACUCGCUACGGGAAUCCAUCGAUGCUGCAUUGUAUCUCUUUCCCAUCUAUAUUCAACAGCCAGAUGUGGUUGACGACAUGAUGGCAUUCUACUUGGCAAUAUUUCAGAGUUUACGAGUUCAGAUGGGCAUUCCUACCAUACAACACACCAUCACUAUCUUCCUAGACAUAUUCACAAGAGAGCGGUUAGCGACGACCAUUCUAGAAGACAGUGGUAAAGGACGAGGUGUUGUAGAAAAAUUUCUUCAGAUUCUUGAAAUCAUCGUCCAGGAGCCGGGGUCGGCUUUCAAAGCUUUCUUGCCAAGUAUUAUCGGAAUAUGCAUGGACCAUAUCUACCCAGUCAUUGCUCAGAGAGCAACGCCAGACAUCAAGCCAGCACUCUACAAUCUUCUCUUUGAGUUGCUUCAGAACAAGUGGCGCUACUUCUUCUCGGCAUCGGUGCUGACCAGCUUACAGUCUGGUACCGAGACGGUGGAGAAUGAGCAACAGUUUGUGGCCAUAAUGCAGGCAUUUGGCCAGUCGUUUCUGCAGCCAGACAUUGGUAUCUUCAAGCAGAACUUGGAAUCCUUAGAGACGUUGAAUGCAAAAUUCAAACUGUAUCAUAAAAAAAUCUUCAGGGACUUGAUGCUGUUUUCCUUCCUCAAUGUGUUCCUGCAAGUCAUGCUUCAGAGGUCACAUGACCUCCUACAGGAGGAGAUAGUGGUCACCGUGUACAACAUGGCCGCCGUUGACUUUGAGAACUUUUACAGGACGUUUGUCCCGCAGUUUCUGACCAGUUUUGAAGGAGUGGAUUCCAACCAGAAACAAACACUUGAGUGCAAUUUGAAAAACGAUCAGGAUCUUCCGUCCUUCACACAGAACCUGCAGAGAUUAAUAAACGACUUGCGUUACUACAAAAUAUGCAACAGCGCCCUCCCUGAAGGAUCUGUUAAACUCAUCUGAUGAUUGGACUGAAAGCCAGGCUUCCCAAAAGGUUUGGACCAAUCACCACCUACUUCAUAAAUUAUUGAGAGAAAUCUGUUUGUUUUGGGAUUGAAAUAUUAUUACUCUUGGAUGUCUUCGGCCUCGCGUUGCAAUUUGAGCCGGCAAACACAAUGAUUAAAUUGAUGCUGGCUAGCUAGGCCAGUUUAUAGUCUGUACCCUCCCCGAGCUCCCCUUCUGGUCUCAUCUUUUGUCCUGUUUGGCCAAUAUCAUAAUGCUGUUAAGCAGAAAAUACUGCUUAGCAAAUUUCUUUGCUGAGCAAAAAAUGAGUGGGGCACUAGUUGCAACAAUGUCAACUUUAUGGAUUUUUUGCUGGAAACCAGUUGCUCACUGCUUAAGUUUCCACCACUUCAUUGCGCUGCUAGCUGUAAGCACAAGAAAAGACAUGCUCACCUUCCGGUGCUUACUGUAUGAAAAUGAAUGACAUAACAAUACAAAUCCUUGGUCGCUUAAGCAAGUUUCUCUGCUAUCGUUAGCACGAGAACUUGCUUCCCGUUAAGCAUCGCUACUCUAGGUAUCAUUGUUAAAAAUCUCACUUCUUUCUUAAGUGGAAUCUCGUUACCCAUUACAUGUUUUUUUUUCUUGAUGGGCCUGUGUGAUGCUGUAUUUUUUGCAGAGGUUAAAUGACAGCACCACUUGAACAAAAAACAUACCAUUAAUAGAUUUGACUACAUUGUAACCAACGGUUUGUAUGGCUUCUGACUGGCAAAGAUAGUGACAAAAUAGUGAGACCGCCAACACAGGGCUAGGUAGCUCAGUUGGCAGAGAGCCGGUAUGUUAAUUCAGAUGCUUUUUGUUCAAAUCCCACUCAUUUUGUCUUUGCUCAACCUCAAAUUAUUACAAAUUUACCCAGUCAGUUUCCUUGGUGGUUCAUUUCUUGAUAUGAAUAGCUUUGUACAAGGAAUAUGAGUCUUUUUGUUACAUUCAACUCUUUUUGUUCGCUAAAUUUAUUCUUUUAACAAUACCCUCCAUUGUUUUACUGAGUGUUUCUGUGAAGUCCAUGACUAUUGUUUAGAAACAUUCGACCUAGAUAAACUACGAGUUACAAUUUUAUUUCAAUUAUUUAAAAUUUAAAGGACAGUAAGGAUGCUGUGGCUGAAUUUUUGUUGUUGUAAAUUUGCAUAUUUGUACAUAGAAACCAUACUGAAUGUUGAUAAAAAAAUAAUACCAAAUAUGUACACAUUUAUAUUUGUACUGGUUUGAAAAUAAUGAAAUAAUCUUUGUAUUCUUUUGAAGUACAGGGGUGUGAACUGAAUUAUAUAUUUUUGGUCAAAAAGCUGCCAGCGUAAUCGAUAAAUAUUGAUGUUGGUAUCGGUUUGUAAUCAAUAUUUGCUCUGCAUUCACACAGCCUUUGUAAAGCAUGUCGACUAAUAAGUGUUUGUAUUUAUGAGAAAACCAAUAUGUAUACAGCACAGGCAGCUAUGUGGUCUUUUCAACAACUAAUAUGCAUCACAAUAUUUGUUUUGUUUAACAACAAUUUAAAGGGGAAGGUAUAUUUGAUGGUCACAACUCCUGAAAUUAUAGGCAAUGAAAGCAUACUUGGUUAGAAGUUCUGCAGCUUAUUGAUAGUAGUAAGCAUUUUGAAAGUCAUUUCACUUCAAAGUAAUGGACAAAUAUAUCACUUUUUAUCCCCCAAAGUUUGAAUCUGAGAAACUUUACGGUCAGAAACAUUUCUCAGAUUGUGUAUUCCAAUUACACAUUUUUCUCUCCAAACCACUUUGGAUUUUCGGCAAUACCUCAAAAACGCUACCACCUUUUGAAAUGAAAUUUUCACAAGUUAGUUUAAUUAUACAUCAACAUUAUUAUACAGGAUUAAAACAAUCAAAUGGUUCCAAAACCAGAGGUAUACGUUCCUAUUAAGUACCCCCCUUGCUUCAUACGUGGCCCAAAUCCUGGUUUGACCCCCGGGAAGGUACGCAUUGGUUAAAGGUGAGGUGACAUUUUGACCCCUAAACUAAACUUAAAGAAAUACACCACUAUCCCCUGGCUUUUUCAGUCACAAUUGGUGCUAUAAGUGUAAGCAAGAAAUCUAAACUUGAAGUAACAAACAAGCAGCAUUAACAAAAGUUCUUAAAUGGACACUUUCACAGGUUUAUUACUUUAUGGUCAUAAUGCGCCAACUGGUUCUUGUUCUGGGUUGAUUACAAUUUAUCACUCUAAUUGUUAAUCUUUUAUUUGAACAAUCUUAAACCUUUCAUGUACUAUUCCUUUUUAGCGAUAAAUUGAUCAAAUGUACACACUAAUUGUUAUUCUUUUGGGUGCAAAUAUCGACCCCCAUAAAACAGAUCACAAUAGCACCCACAAAAGUCCUCUUUCCGGUUCUGAAAACUGUGUGACCGUGCCAUUUUUAUUUUUUCGUUUUACAACUUUUUUUCUGAAGGGAUUUAAACCAGUCGCUAGCGAUUGGUUGGUGCAUGAAGGAGUUAAAAACCAAUCAUAUACCUUUCUUGUUGUAGGUUGUACUAUUUAAAGCCUGCUUAUUAAUAUUGUUUAUUUACACUAUGCAACCAAAUGACAGCUGUACAAUAAAGACAGUCAACCGAGUAUUAUA